AUGUCCGGCCAUGGAAUAAUCCUCUGGAAAGGAUCAGAAGCACACGAAGCACCGGUAGUGAAGCGGAUGAAGAUCCAGGGCUACGCAAACCCGGAGAUUACAAGGAGAAGCAGCCCUCUCUAUGUCUACUCAUCCACCUUCAGCGAAGCUCCUUCCCGCGAGGAUCUUAUAGGGGUCCUUUCGAUAAUCAUCUGGAGUCUCUUCAUGAUGGUGACAGUGAAAUACGUGCUGAUCAUUCUCAACGCUGAUAACGAUGGGGAGGGUGGCACGUUUAGUACAUACUCUUUGCUGAGUCGAUAUUCUGUCUUGGGAGCUGUCCAGGGUAUCAAGGUUGUCUCGCCGAACAUCUCCAAGGGCACUAUCAUUGGUGUGACGGACGCAAUCCUCGUUGUGCUGUUCCUCGUACAGCCCUUUGGAAUCACCAAAAUCACUGUGGCCUUCGCGCCGAUCGUCAUUAUAUGGCUCGCUUUCAAUGCCGUCUUUGGAAUAUACAAUCUGGCCAAAUAUGACGCCGGCGUGUUCGUUGCCUUCAAUCCAGGAUAUGCGUUCCAGUUCUUGAUCCGCCAUGGAGAACAUGGAUGGAGAAUGCUCUCCGGGACUCUUCUUUCGUUCACAGGAGUCGAGGCUCUCUUUGCCGACUUGGGAGCAUUCAGUCUUCCAGCCAUUCGCAUCAGCUGGUUGUGCUAUACAUUCCCAUGCUUGCUUCUAGCCUACAUUGGACAAGCAGCAUACAUCAGUGUUCAUCCAGAAGCGUAUUCGAACCCUUUUUUCAAUGCAGCACCCCCUGGGACGAUCUACCCAUCCCUGGUCAUCGCCAUAUUGGCGGCUAUUGUUGCAUCGCAGGCCAUUAUAACCGCCACUUUUCAGCUCCUUGCGCAGGUGAUGAAGCUUUCAUACCUUCCGCAAAUCAAAGUCAUCCAUACGUCCAAGACAUUCUUUGGCCAACUGUAUAUACCAGCUGCAAAUUGGUUGCUUAUGAUAGGAACCAUACUGGUGGCAUCAAUAUACAAUAACACAACGUCCCUGGGAAACGCUUAUGGGGUCUGCGUCAUGUUCGUCACAUUUUUUGACACGUGCAUGGUGUCCCUGGUAGCACUUUUCGUUUGGCGUAUCAGUCCGUUCAUCGUACUCCUACCUUGGCUUAUAAUCGCCUGCUUGGAUGGCGCGUAUCUUUCUGCCGCCCUUACGAAGGUCCCCAUGGGAGCAUGGUUUACUCUAGCACUCGCAAGCGUGCUGGCUGUUCUCUUUCUGCUCUGGCGGUUUGGCAAGGAGCGUCAAUGGUUCGCAGAAGCCGAGGAUCGUUUUCCCACGGCAUAUUUCGUCGCAAAGGCUCCAAACGGUCAGAUGAAACUGACUGAUCGGUUUGGCGGCGCCCCUUUGACUACUACGAGGGGCCUCGGAAUCUUCUUUGACAAGGCGGGCGAGACAACCCCCAUCGUUUUCAGCCAAUUUGUGCUCAAACUCACCUCAAUGCCCGAGGUGAAUGUGUUCUUCCAUCUUCGGCCGCUGGAGGUCCCGUCUGUGACCGUGGAGAACCGCUAUACAGUCUCGAGACUCGCGAUUCCCAACUGUUAUCGUCUCGUGGUUCGCUACGGGUACAACGACGAAAUCAUGUUGCCGGACCUUGCGGACACAAUAACCGAACAAGUCCGUAUUUAUCUGAGGAGAAACGCGCCAUAUGAACACGGCACCCCAUCCACCGGAAUUUCUGAGAGUCGACGCCAUUCUGAAGCACAGUCGACGGCCAGAGACACGUUUGCCUCUUAUGUAGCCGAAACUGAAAGAGGCGAUGGUUCCUUGGAAAAACUCGAGAAUGCGUACGCACACGGGGUGAUCUACAUCACCGGCAAAGAGGAGAUGAAGAUCAAAAAGAGCAGAAAUCACAUACGAAGGAUCGCACUGUGGCUCUUCCUGUUAGCCAGGGAGAAUACUCGAGCAAAGAUCACCUCACUUGGACUCCAGACGGAGCGGAUCAUUGAGGUCGGCUUUGUGAAGGAGAUAUGA